CACCGAAUAUGCAGAGCCUUCCACAUUUUAUAAUCGCCAUUUCAAUUGGAAAUUCCAAUACCUCUACUGUCUGUCGUAAAAUUCUUUUCUUGUUAAUAAAUCUUUUGGAAAUAUAAAAGAGGCGGCCUGGUUUCGAUCCAUAAACCAAUUCCCAACCAUAGCAGAAUGGAGGGCUAAAAUGUUAAUGCCUGUCAAAUGCAUCUCCUUUCGUUCUGUUGUAGCGUUCCUUCGAUUAUUUUCAGACAACAAACGGAAGCAGAAAUAAUGCCUGUCUGUCCGCAAACCAACUGUUUGUUACCGCCUCCGGCCGCGGUGCACAGAAAAUCUUCGUCAUUUGACGGCGAUGCGUCGCUGCGGUCCGCUUAUUCCUCUUGCAGUCAAGAGCCAGCAGAUAUGAAGAUGGUGAAUAAUAUUGCCGGAGAGGGCGUCGCAGGAAUUUUGUAUAAGUGGGUUAAUUACGGCAAGGGAUGGAGGACGCGGUGGUUUAUGCUUCAGGAUGGUGUUCUGUCAUAUUACAAAAUCCACGGACCGCACAAGAUUGCCGUAAAUCGACGGACCGAGAAGGGCGUCAGAGUGAUUGGCGAUGAAUCGUUGAAGCUCAUGAAGAAGCCCAAGAACAUGCAUGGUACCCGGAUCGAGUCCAGGGAGCGAAGGCAACCUUUUGGCGAAGUGCAUCUCAAGGUGUCCUCCAUUCGAGAAAGUAAGUCGGAUGAUAAAAGAUUCUCAAUAUUCACUGGUACAAAAAGACUUCAUCUGCGAGCAGAAUCCAGAGAAGACCGAUCUGCUUGGAUUGAAGCAUUGCAGGCUGGAAAAGACCUCUUUCCUCGUAUCUCAACAAGUGAUCUUAUGGUGCCUGCGGAAAACAUCACUGUUUCAACAGAGAAGCUUAAGAAGCGCUUGUCAGAGGAAGGCUUGAGUGAAGAUGCAAUCAAGGAAACUGAGCAGAUUAUGCUGACAGAGUUUUCUGAGCUCCAGAACAAACUGAAGCUUCUUCAGCAAAAGCAGUUUCACUUGCUCGAAGCCUUGAGACAACUAGAGACAGAAAAAGUUGAUCUGGAAACUACGGUUGUUGAUGAAAGUCAAAGUUAUUCAAAGUCACGAAGAGCUUCUCUCAGGUCCAGACAUGAAAAAUGCAGUGAAGACAGUGCUACUGAAUCUGAUGAUGAUAAUGAUAGACAAGAUGGAGCAGAUGAAGAAUCAGAUGAGGAUGAUGGUGCUUAUUUUGAUACGAGAGAUAUUUUAUCAUCCACUUCUUCAAGGAGAUCUGAUUCUGGAUACAGGCGGACAUCUGUUGAUUCAGAGGAAGGUUUGACCUUUCCAAAUAAUGUAGAUGUGUUUAAUGCAGACAUAGAAACGGUUGGAUUUGACUACCCGAAUGUGGAAAGACGAAGGAAAUUGCCAGAUCCAAAGGAAAAGGAGAAAGGUGUGAGUCUUUGGUCAAUGAUUAAAGAUAACAUUGGAAAAGACCUCACCAAAGUGUGUCUUCCAGUCUAUUUUAAUGAGCCUCUUUCAUCCUUGGAAAAGUGCUUUGAGGAUCUGGAAUAUUCUUACCUGCUUGAUCGGGCAUAUGAAUGGGGCAAACAGGGAAACAGCCUUUUGCGGAUACUAAAUGUUGCAGCAUUUGCAGUAUCUGGAUAUGCUUGUACUGAAGGUCGAAACUGUAAGCCUUUCAAUCCUCUUUUGGGGGAGACUUAUGAGGCUGAUUACCAAGACAAAGGCCUCCGUUUCAUUUCUGAAAAGGUCAGUCAUCAUCCCAUGACUGUUGCAUGCCACUGUGAAGGCAGGGGGUGGAAGUUCUGGGGAGAUAGUACCUUAAAGAGCAAAUUUUGGGGUCGCUCAAUUCAGCUUGAUCCUGAAGGAGUUCUCACGCUGGAGUUUGAUGAUGGUGAAGUAUUUGAAUGGUCUAAGGUCACUACAUCCAUAUACAAUCUAAUUUUGGGGAAAUUAUAUUGUGAACAUUAUGGGACAAUGCGUAUACAAGGAAAUCGUGAGCAUUCUUGCAAGCUGAAAUUCAAAGAGCAAUCUAUGCUGGAUCGUAACCCUCAUCAGGUUCAAGGUGUGGUUCAGGAUAGGAGUGGUAAUACAGUAUCUACAUUGUUGGGGAAAUGGGAUGAAAACAUGUACUAUGUUAAUGGUGAUAUUAACUUGAAGUCCAAGCGAUAUGAUCCAUCAUCUGAGGCUAUCUUAUUGUGGGAAUCUAGCAAACCCUCUAAUUUUUCAACUAGAUAUAACUUCACAAGUUUUGCUAUAACACUUAAUGAGCUAACGCCAGGUUUGAAGGAAAAGCUUCCACCAACAGAUUCAAGGCUCAGACCAGAUCAACGACAUCUGGAAAAUGGAGAAUAUGAAUUGGCAAAUGCAGAGAAGUUGAGGUUGGAGCAGAGGCAGCGGCAGGCUAGGAAGCUCCAAGAAAGAGGGUGGCAGCCUCGAUGGUUUCGCAAAGAAAAUGGGAAAGACACAUACCAAUACAUUGGAGGAUAUUGGGAAACAAGGGAGCAAGGGAAAUGGGAUUCUUGCCUUGAUAUAUUUGGUCAAACUGCUGAGAGUUCUUAUGAUUAAAAGGGAACCUCGUUGUCAUGGUCUUUAGCUCAAUUCAAGUAAAAUUUCUGGUAAUAAUGCUCCCAAUUCCAUGAUAGGAACACCAUUGUUUGCCAGAAGUUAUAGUCUGGAACAAGAAGCUUGAAUAAGCCAUGCUCGCUUUUUGGCCCUAGAUAGUUUUUUCCCAAUCCUCUUAACCUAAGCAUUGUAAAUUUCUAGAGGAUGUUAUUCUGAUCAACCAAUUACGAGUUCUUCAAAUGGUGGAUGAGAAUUUUCAACCUUGUAGAAAGAUUGUUUGCGCUUGCUGGAUUUUACAAGUGGCUCAGCCACAAAUCCAUUCUUUCUACCUCUCUGUAAUAAAUUCCCAAAGCAAUUUCCACUGA